AUGACGGAAGAUGAAAUCUGCGUCACCAUCAUCGAGGGCAAGGGCCUUGCCGUCAAGGACUCUUGCGGCACCAGUGAUCCUUUCGUCAAAGUGAAGCUGGGCACCAUAAAGCACAAGACAAAGAAGAUAAUGAAGAACCUCAACCCCCGCUGGAACGAGAAGUUCUUCUUCAAGGGCUCGGGGUUCGCCUCGUCCACGCUAGAAAUCACUGUAUGGGAUUGGGACAGGAUCGGUUCGAACGACUACAUGGGCGAGGUGCGGAUACCGAUGUCGGAGGUGAUGACUCUGGGCGAGAUCAGCAAGUCGUACCCGCUCGUCAGCGGACCCGGCCACGAGGGCGAGCAGGUCUCGGGCGAGAUCAGCAUCCGCGUGCAGGUCAUGGUCCAGGGCGACCUGCAGACCGGCAACCUCAACGCCGAGGAGCUCCGUCGCUUCGCUCUUCAGAAAAUGGCGAGCACAUCAGCGCUGCCGGUGAACACGGGCAGCACGAACCUCGCUGGCCCUGAGGUCCCGCCGCUGCCGCCGCGCGAGGAAGGCUACAGCAGCGGCAGCUGUGACGCCGUGCCCACCACCGCAGCGCGAAGCGCGCCUCCCCCCGCGCCUGCCGCCACCGGCGGUUACCCGCGACCACAGCCCACCACCUUCGCCUCUUCGCCCAAUCUCUCUUACGCCGGCGGCGCCGGAGCCGGCGCUGCGCCCGCGUACAACCGCGCUGUCACAGCGCCCGCGACGCACUCGGGCUACACGCCACCGCCGCCCCAGGUGAAGCCGCCCGGCAUGGCGCCGCCGCGACGGCAGCCCGGGUCUUCGGGGUCGUUCGUGGGCGUUGCACCCGGGCCGCCGCCGCCGCGUCCGCCGGCGAUGCCGCAAGCCAAGGCCCUGUACGCGUGGACGGCCGAGAACCCGGGCGAGCUGGCCUCGCUCGCCGCCGGCGCGGUGGUGUUUGUGAAGGACAGCUCCGACGCGUCGUGGUGCCUCGUGGUAGACACCCAGGGCAAUGAGGGCUACAUCGCCAGCAACUACAUUGAAAUGCUUUAG